AUGCCGGUGGAGGUUGCAGAUCUUCUCAGCCUCGAUCAGCUGGCCAACUUGGCAGCAACUCCAUCACAGCUAAAGACGAUGCAAGACGUGACAAAAAUCAUGGCAGUCAUCAACCCUGACGACUACGGUGUUUUUUUUGACACAGUCUCACCAGCCAUUGAGACCCACCCGGCCGACUACACAGAGGAGGUGAAAUCUGCCUUCCUCCAGGCAGUAUAUGACAGAGGGAAUCUGUCCUCUCCAGCAAUAAAGGACACAGAGUUCCUGCUGUGGCUCAGGGUUCGCCUGCGCCCUCUCCUGGUUGACCUCUCUCCCAGCCUGGUGACACCUUUAUUUGACAUUGGGAAGAACAGGAGUUGUAAUAGCAGCCAAGAGAUCAUCACACUGUUGGACACGCUACACUCGACACUUCGGAACAACACAAAAAGGGAAAUCUUCAAAAAUACCCUCCUCUUCCUCCAAGGUCCAACACCUCUGAAAUGUUACAAUGGUGGAAGCUUGUACAUCUAUCUGAAAGACACAUUCCGCAGCUUUGGAUUCCCAGAUGUGUCCACGUUCACAUCUCUUCUGCCAGCAACACGUGAAUCAGAGCUCCUAAGUACCAUCAACACCUCAGAGCUGAAUCAGCUCCUCAGUCAACCCAAUAUGAUUGACAACAACUCUGACAUCUGUGUCAUUUUCAACAACUACAACAACACUCCUUCCUUCCUAGAAAAUGAGGAUGUUCCAGACAAUGUGAAGAUGGUGACUCUCCCCUGUGUCUGGCCUUUGGCCCUGAGCAGCAACACCAGAUCUGAGGUUACAUCCUGGUUCGACCAUCGGUUGAGGAACUAUCUUAAGUUCCUGAACAAGAGACUCAUCAGCCCCACUGAAGUGCAGAAUGCUACAUGUGUUGCCUUCCAGAAACUGGUCUCUGUAAUGGGAACUAACUUCACAUACAACAGCUCUGACUUUGGACAGGCUGAUGUUUACACCACCAUUAAGACCUACUUGAGCUCUGGUUCUGGACCCAGAUGCUACGAUGCCAAUGAUCCAGAACUCAACUCAACCUCCUGGUUUGUCAGUUACAUUGGCAGCUUUGUGACAUUCAUCACUCCCGACAAUUUGGCCACCUUCAUCUCCUCCAGUCAAGCUAAAGUGUUCUUGGAGGACCGAGCCAACCUGGAACUCUUCAAUAACACAGCCAUCCCAGAAAAUGUGACCGACUAUUAUGUCUCACAGCUAUUUGAAUUCAACCCAACCUUCAGCCUUGUGCAGCUUCCAGGAGCUUUUCUGUGUUCCAAUGAGCUCCCAAGUGCAGCGUACACUUCUGUGACUGAAAAUGACACCUUACUUGUCUUGAAAGAGAUGGCGACAUUCUGCAAUACAACAGUGAACCCUGAGGCGUCUACUGCUCUGGCAUCCAACAUUAAGACCAUCACACCCGCAACAUUUGCGACACUCGGCAGUGCCAGUGCAGCCCUGACCAUCAGCAAGAUUUCUUCGAUUGACCCAGCAGUGCUGAUUUCCUCUUUAUCUAUGCUGAGCAAAGUUGACACUUGGAGCACAGUCCAAGCCAGUGUUAUCAUCCGGACCAUGAGUGUAGGAGGCUUCCAGAUCACAAGUGGAUCCUCCAUGGAAUCUCUUGGUGCUCUUGUUAGCGGAGUUCCAUCGGAGUCAAUAGACGCAGUUCCAGCUUCUGAGCUACUCAGCAUCUCCCAGAGCCCCGCCUUUGUUUCCAGCAUGCUGGCAGCCCCUGUCGUUGUCCAACAGACCUUUGUCAAAAAGAUUGUCUCCGUGGACACAAGUCCUGCCAAAGUGGUGCUGAAUGUCCCAGAUGCCAUGGCAACUGAGAUCGCACCAUCUCUGCUGACGUUUACUGAGAAGACUGUGAACAUCAAUGUGAUGAACAGAAAGACAUGGAAACCUGAUCAGGCUGCCCUGUUCUUUGGGACACUGGGUACAGCAAGCUUUGACACAGAGCAGCUUUCUCCAUCCAUGCUGCAGGGCUUCACAUGUACUUCAGCGCAGAAAAUGGAGAAAAAAAAGAUCCGGGACCUGGUCCGUGCCUGCAGACCAAGGAAGCGCAGGGCCAAAGUGGUGCUGAAGGAAUCACAGCUGACUUGCAUGUACAACCUGCUCAAUGGAGACAUCUCCCAGAAAUUCGAAGAUUAUCCUUCUGACAUGCUUCUGUACUUAAACAAAAAAGAUGUCAAGAAAGCCAACUGCAGGUCAUACAUUUCUGCAGUUGGUGGUGCAGACUUCACUGUGGCCUCCAGCAUUUUGAAGAAGGAUUCGCUGCUGCUCAGUGAAGCCAAGACGUGCUUGCCAAGCAAUAGGCUGAGCUGUAAGAAUGUGUCUUCUCUGUGCAGAAAUAUCAACACCUGGAACAAGGAAACACUGACGGACCUGGGGAUCCUUCCUCUGUAUUUCACAAAAAACAUCUGGGAAAAUCUAAAAACUAAAACAAAGAGACAGUAUCUCAAGAAAUUUAUGCCAAAACUGAGGAAAAGUAAGACAAAGAAGAGGAAGCUCAAACGUCUGUUCAAACAGAUAAGUGCGCGCAAGGCAAAACGGGGAGCAGGCUGCACCCUGAGCAACAUCACCCAAAUGACAGUGAGUGAUCCCUCCUUCCCCUUUGGCUAUGAUGAGACGCAAUUUGGCUACUGCCUGGACGUCCCUGUUCUGAAGGACAAUCUCAACUCCAUUUGCGAGAAAGUGGAUGAUGACGAUUUCCAGAAAAUCAUUCUGAAGAAACUUAACCAGGCAUACCCAUCAGGUGUUUCGGAUAAUGAAGUCCAAUUCCUUGGUUCAGUGUCACGUGUAGCAUCGAUUGACGACAUCUCCAAGUGGAGCAUCACCAAAAUCGACACUUUGGCAUCGCUCAUGAAAGAUGAGGAUGGAUCAUGGGAGGCAGAGAAGAGCAAAGCAAUCAUCACAAGUUAUCUAAAUAGCUCUGGUAACACCCUGGACAGCACUGUGCUCAACACUGUUGGCCCUAACCUUUGCUCGUUGGAUGUCAGCACACUGAAGACCAUAACCCCGGAAAGCAUCAGAAAUGCCGGAACACUGAAUGUGGCUUCAUGUUCGUCUGACCAGAAGAAAGUCCUGUAUGAGAUCAGUAACACCUCCUUCAGCACACAGCCUAGCAGUCCCACCAUCUUUUACAAUUUAAUUAAAUCCGUUUUAGGUGGAGCACCUCUGACAGAUGUGAAAACACUGUCAAAACAGAAUAUCAACAUGGAUGUCAACACUUUUAAGAGCCUGGACCCCAGUGUGAUCGCAGAUUUGGAUGUGCCUACAGUCCAAGACCUCAUGGGUUCUCAUGUCACGGAUCUCCAGUUGUUUGCUGAGGACCCUGUGGUUGAUGACUGGGUGAACAGACAGCUGCAGGAAGAUCUGGAUAGACUGGGUCUAAACCUAGUCAGUAGCAGAGUCAGCGCGACCACACCGCCCACCUCAUCUAGCAUGACA